GCUCUCCAUUCGCCCAUCAUUUGCCUGUCGUCAGAUUCAACUUGCACCCCCAGAAUCUCUCUCCCUCAGCCCACGAUGCUUGCCACGAGAGUGCUACGAGCCGCCUCGCGCGGGCCCAAGCCCAACAUCACCGGCUUCAACAUGCGGGCCUUCCAAGAAUCCACCGGCCAACCUCGAUACGACCCCUGGGAGCGCAACGAAGCUUGGCGAUACCAGGGCAGCUACACCCGCUGGAACCGCUUCAAGAACGGCUUCCCCGGCCUCGGUAUCGCGACCGUCGCCUUCAUUGCCUACUGCGGAUACGAGCAUUUCUUCCUCGAGGACGAGCACCACCACGGCGAGGAGCACCACUAG